AUGAAGUUCAUACUCGUUCUUCUUGCAGUAGUGCUUCUUCUUAAAAGUGUGUCUGCUGAAGUGGUGGUGCUCACCAGUGAAAAUAUUAAUGGAACCAUUGGAAAAGACGGGUUGACAUUUGUAAAAUUCUAUGCCCCUUGGUGCGGUCACUGCCAAAAGGCUGCACCGGAAUUUUCAAAAGCAUCUGAUAUUCUUAAGGACACGGCUACCUUUGCUGAAUUGAAUUGUGAUGAUGAAAAAGAAACUUGUGCACGUUUCGAAAUUGAUGGGUUUCCCAAGUUCAUGAUUUUCCAGAAGGGUGUUAAAGUAUCCGAUUAUGAUGGUCCGCGUACUGCUUCAGCUAUGGCUAAUUUUGCAAAGGCAUAUUUAGCACCUGAUACUACAUCUGUAAAUUCCAAUGAGGAAUUUGAGAAUGCUAAAAAUGAAAACCCUAAAAUAUGCUUGAUUAAAACCAAGUCAAAUGAAACUGAUCUAGCGAAGUCGAUCGGUGAAAUCAUUCUUAAAUAUAAAAGCACGUUUCACUUUGUGCUUGUCACAGACGAAAAAGUCUCACCGGAUGAUUCCAUGGAAUCGAUUACUGUAUAUCGCAAGGAUGAUGAUAAAGAGGUAUUCGACGGUGAUCUCAACUCCGAGGCACUUAUUAAUUUCCUUGAUAAAGCUUCAAUUAUGUUUAUUGGCUCUUUAACACCUGAAACGAUUCCACUCUAUUCCAAAUUAGCCCGUGAUAAAGUAGGUAUACUUUUGCUGGGUCAGGAAAAGACUGAAGAACAUGUCGCUGAUAUUCGAUCAGUUGCCAAAAAGUAUCGCAAUGACAUUAUAUUUAUCGGUGUUGAAUCUGAAACUAACGAGGUUUCCAGAAAUAUAGGUCUUCCCAGCGACACAGUAUUCCCGGCAUUUGUUAUCACCUCUCAGUCCUCGAUAUAUGCCCAUCCUACGGACAUACAAGCGAACUCCAGAACGAUUGGUGACUUUAUUGAAAAACAUCUCAAGGGUGAAGUUAAUCCUCUUAUAAGAUCGCAACCGAUUCCUAAAGAACCCACUAAAGAUGGUCUUACGACUUUGGUGGGUAAAACAUUGGAUUCUUAUCUGAAAGAGGGAAAGGACAUGUUAAUUUAUAUUUAUGCACCCUCGUGUGGACACUGCCAAAAGUUCCACCCAGUCUAUGAUGAAUUUGCUAAAGCCUAUGGUUCCGAUGAUUUGAUUAUCGGCAAGAUUGAUGCUACAGCUAAUGAUUUUAAUCGAACCCUGUUUAAUGUGACUGGAUAUCCUACCGUAUGUUUUAUCCCAGCUAAAAGUAAUGAGGCAAUAUAUUACAAUGGCGAUCGCACAGUGGAUGACCUUGCGUCCUUCGUAAAGGAACACAUGAAGGGACCUGCUGAGCCGACGAAUGAAGACACAGAAGAUGGCGAUUUAUAG